GGAGCAGCCGGAUGGGGCCCGGCCGAGCCGCGGCGGGCGGACUACCUUUCCCGGCGUGCUCUUGGGGGCCUCGGGGCGGUGCAGGGCGCUUCUGUGAGAGACAUAACAUGGGCGUCUGAAGCUGGGGUGAAGUCAGCUGCAGACGCCGCGACGAGAGAGGCUGAGCUAAGCCCGCCCCGCCGGACGUGGCCCCGGUAGCUGUGCGAGAGGUGACGGGCGGUGAGGGGACGGGACAGGGACAUGGCUGAGACCGGCUCCGUGCACGCCACAAGGUUCGAGGCUGCCGUGAAGGUGAUCCAGAGCCUGCCCAAAAAUGGUUCAUUCCAGCCAACGAAUGAAAUGAUGCUCAAGUUCUAUAGCUUUUAUAAGCAAGCAACCCAAGGACCCUGUAACAUUCCACGACCUGGAUUUUGGGACCCAAUUGGUAGAUAUAAAUGGGAUGCUUGGAGUGCCUUGGGAGAAAUGUCCAAAGAAGAAGCCAUGAUAGCCUAUGUUGAAGAAAUGAAAAAGAUUCUUGAGAGCAUGCCAAUGACGGAGAAAGUGGAAGAGUUACUGCAAGUGAUAGGCCCCUUCUAUGAAAUAGUAGAAGAUAAAAAGAACAGAGGAACUGACCUAACCUCAGUUCAAAUGGAGAAAGUCUCUAAGUAUUUGGAAGGCCUUAGCAAUGUCAUGAAUUCCACUCCAGCUAUAAAGGCUGUGAAUGGAAAAGCUGAAAGCAGUGAUAGUGGAGCAGAAUCGGAAGAGGAAGGGCUUCGUGAAGAGGAAGAAAAAGAAGUGCAGCUAAAUGGAAAGGACUACAAGAAUGUGAAACCAGACUCAGCAGCUGCUAAGGAUUUGGAAAGCAUUGUUACCAAUGGCUGCUGCAAGGACAGCUUUAUCCCAGAGAUGCAGAAUGGCAUCCAGACCAAAUCUGCCCUGAAUGGCUUGAACCUGGAGGAAGAAGAAAUAAAGAAAACAGAGCCAAGCCUAGAAAUGGCAAAUAACAGUGCUCACCAAGCUGCAAAUGAUGAGAAUACUGAAGAGGUCUCAGCAACUCAGCACUUAACCAGUGAUUCUGACAGUGAAGUUUAUUGUGACUCUAUGGAGCAACUUGGACUAGAAGAGCCCUUGGAGAUCAUCACAUCUGCUAAAGGAUCUUUAAAGCAUUCAUCCCAUUUCUUGGAUGUAGAUCACAGUCUUCUGUUAGAAAAUACGGAUUUUCCAAGGCCUGCUUGCUUGAAUCUCCAACCUGGAAAUACUGUAGAGGGAGCAGCUCAAGAGGAAGGUGAAGUCAAGUGUGGAGGAGAAGAUGGCAAAUCCAGCAAUGGAGGCCCUCACAAAGAGAAGAAGGGUGGAGAAAAGGCAGAUUUCUACAGUGUCAGAAGAGGGAGAGGGCACAGACUUCAUCCUCUAGGAGAUGGUUCCCAAGGUGGCCAGAUGGGUAGUGGAGGGGAUGGAGAGCGCUGGGGGGCAGACAGAGGACCCAGAGGCAGCCUCAAUGAGCAGAUUGCAGUAGUGCUGAUGCGGUUGCAAGAAGACAUGCAGAACGUCCUGCAGAGGCUGCACAUGCUGGAGGUGGCUACAGCAUCACAGGCAAAAUCUGCAACAAUACAGUCGAAUUCUGAGCCUGCCUCCUCUGCCAGGAAACCAUCCUGGUGGCCCUUUGAAAUCUCUCCUGGAAUGUUAGCUUUUGCUGUUGUAUGGCCAUUUGUUGCCCAGUGGCUGGUGCAUGUCUAUCUCCAAAGAAAGCGAAGAAAACUGAACUGAGGAUUCAUGACUUUGCUUAAAGACUGCUGGAAGAAGACAGCCCUGGAAGGUGAAGGAAUUCUGAAGUCUCAUGGAAUCUCAGAAUCUUCUGCUGUAGUAAUAUUUUGUACUACCUUUGAGCUAAACAUUGAAGAACUAAUGUUAUUGAAACUUGAAUGAUUCACAGCUCCUAGGCUACAAGUAAACUUAAUAAUUUCAUCCUCCAGCCCAGAAGAACAUUAAUUUUGGAAUGUGCUUGUGGAUGGGCCUUCAGUAAUGACUGGGCCAGCUGUUGUCAGAUGGUGAAGAGAGUAUCAUCCUUGUAAAAGAGUAAGUGAAAAUGUACAAAACUGUUAAUUUAAUCUCAGAAUAAUUUUACAUCCCUGCCUGUUGGUCCACAGGGUUAGACAUUAUCAGAUGAAAGCACUAAUAAAGUACAAGUUCAAUACUUUGUAAGCUGUUGGAAAAAUACAGUCUAGCCCUGAGGAAGUCAACUGGUUAUUUUUGCUGCUAAGAGAAGGUGGGUGAAUGUCCAUGUGAACUGGUCAGCAAGGAAGCUGAAUCCUUCAGCGUUGUGAA